UUUCGUGAUAAAAGGAUGACACAAGUUUGAUAAGCAAACGGGUUGAGAUGCAAGGACUACCGACAGAAGUUAACUUGAACCAACAAUCAGAUUCGGGAAUAUAGCCUACACUUUGCGGAAGUAAGAUUGGGCUAUUUAUUUGCUGCCUCCAGAUCUAUUGUAUUCCUUAAUGGGUCACAGCAUCUGGCAUCUCAUGGUAAAAAAAGAAAUUGGGAUGAAAUAAAGGAAAAUGUGUCCUCUAAUGACCUCACAUCCUGUUUUUCACUUCCUUUUCAAUGGUGGUUGACCAAUUUCGGUCGAUCGGAACCCCGCGCGGAAUAGCGUCCAACACAUUGUCAAUAUUGCACACGCGCGUGUUCCAUGGGCACAUUCCAGAUCGCUCAUGUAAAGGUGCGGAAGACUUGUGAAAUUGAUUUUUUCUACUCUUUUACCAAAUUAUAACCAACAAUAUGUAUCAUUUGUAAGACUAAAAGGCCGUUGUAUUCUGACUGAUUGUUUUCAGUUUGGCCUUUUCAAGACGUGUAACAGGAUGGAGAACAAAGAGUUGAAGAUCAUCAAUCAGGGCACGGAAGAUGAAAUGGAGGUGUGGGGGUACCGGCCGUGCCCCUGGAAGAUGGUCUUGGUGGGGGUGGGGGCGCUGUGCUCUGGGGGGCUGCUGUUACUGCUGCUCUACUGGCUCCCUGAGUGGGGAGUCAAAGGGACCUGCACACACACCACCAUCCGAGAGGCACACACACUCCUACUCCGGUCCACCGACGAGUUCAGGCGCUGGUUUCGGAGCACGGUGCGAGAGAUGCUGUCUCCAGGAAGGAGGCCUUUUGAUAACCUGGAACCCCCAAACGCUGCCCACAUCCCCAACGGUGACCAAGCCUACAGCGCCUCUCAGGAGGAGAGUCACGUAAAAGACGUCCAUCGGCAGCAUGUUCAGAUUCGCUACUUCACCCUCCACAGCACAAAAUACUAUUGGAAUGAUCUGACACAGAAUUUUGAAGUGUAUAAAGGCUUGGAAGAUAUUAGGGUGAGCUGCUCCAGUAUCCACUCUGACCACAGCUCAGGUAUCACCAAACUGCUGCAGAACUACAGGAGAUUGUUUUUUGAGGUCAAUGAAAUUGCAGUGAGGGUACCCUCAGUGUUCAAGCUCUUAAUAAAAGAGGUGCUGAAUCCGUUCUACAUCUUCCAGCUCUUCAGUGUGAUUCUGUGGAGCUCAGAGGAGUACUACUACUAUGCAGCGGCCAUUGUCUUCAUGUCUGUCAUCUCAAUAGCCACCUCACUGUAUACCGUCAAAAAGCAAUACGUGAUGCUUCACGACAUGGUGGCGUCCCACAGCAUCGUACGCGUCUCUGUGUGCAGAGGAAGCAAAGAGAUCGAGGAGGCCAUGUCCACAGACCUGGUCCCUGGUGAUGUCAUCGCCAUCCCAACUAAUGGGAUGAUCAUGCCGUGUGACGCUGUCCUGGUCCAAGGCACCUGCAUCGUCAAUGAGAGCAUGCUCACAGGAGAGAGUGUUCCUGUCACCAAGACCAGCCUGCCCAGCUCAGGGGACGAGGGAGCCGGCAUCUACAACACUGAGGAGCAUAAGAGACACACACUCUUCUGUGGCACACACAUCAUCCAGACACGCUUCUACACCGGAGAACUGGUCAAAGCAGUGGUGGUCAGGACAGGCUUCAGUACAGAGAAGGGAAUGCUGGUACGCUCCAUCUUGUACCCCAAACCCACAGACUUCAAGCUGUACAGAGACGCCUACCUAUUCCUGCUGUGUCUGGUGGGCGUGGCUUGCAUCGGCUUUGUCUACACUGUCGUCCUGAGCAUCAUAAACAAGGUUCCCGCCAAAACCAUUGUGGUGGAGUCUCUGGACAUCAUCACCAUCACCGUGCCCCCAGCUCUGCCAGCAGCCAUGACAGCUGGUAUAGUCUACGCCCAGCGUCGCCUGAAGAACGUCGGCAUCUUCUGCAUCAGUCCCCAGAGGAUCAACAUGUGUGGGCAGCUUAACCUGGUCUGCUUCGACAAGACGGGCACGCUCACUGAGGACGGCCUGGACCUCUGGGGGAUUCAGACUGUUGAAGAGGGCAGCUUCUCACCUCCAGAAGACGACCCUGCCAAAGAAGGCCUGGUCAAGACUGCGUUCGUGGCCGGCAUGGCCUGCUGCCACUCUCUGACCAAGCUCGAAGGAGAGCUCUCCGGAGAUCCGCUGGACCUCAAGAUGUUCAACGCCACCGGCUGGAUCCUGGAGGAGCCCACUGAGGAGGAGACUGCCCUCCACAAUCCCAUAAUGCCCACUGUGGUUCGGCCGCCCAGGCAGGGAGCCCCCUGGGCCGGCCAGAGUGCCUGCCCGUCCCAGAACAUGGAGCUCUCUGAGCUGACGGCGUACGAGAUCGGCAUUGUGCGCCAGUUCCCGUUCUCCUCGGCCCUGCAGAGGAUGAGCGUGGUGGUGCGCAGGCUGGGGGAGAAGCGCAUGGACGCCUACCUCAAGGGGGCGCCAGAGAUCGUAGCCAGCCUCUGCAAACAGGACACAGUGCCGGACAGCUUCACAGAGACUCUGGAGUCCUACACCAGACAGGGGUUUAGGGUCAUUGCCUUGGCACAUCGCCAGCUGGAGGCCAAGUUAUCCUGGCACAAAGUCCAGAGCCUGAACAGGGACCUGAUUGAGAACAACAUGGAGUUCCUGGGCCUCAUCAUCAUGCAGAACAAGCUGAAGGAGGAGACGGCCGGGGUUCUGGAGGAGCUGCGGCGAGCGAACAUCCGCAUGGUGAUGGUCACAGGUGACAAUAUGCUGACAGCCGUGUCGGUGGCCCGAGACUGUGGGAUGAUAGCCCCUCACGAGAGGGUGAUCAUAGCGGCCGCAGCGCCCCCCAGAGACACCCAGCCUACCAGGAUCAGCUGGCAGUACACCGACGACUGCGAGCAGCUCACCCACAAAGACAGCCAGCCGGUGGACAUGAGUCUGGAGGAGCAUGCUUGCGGUGAGCAGCCCAGGCAGCGCUUCCAUUUUGCCAUGAGCGGACGGUCCUUCGCCGUCAUCACCGAGUACUUCCCUGACCUGCUCCAGAAGCUGCUCCUGCACACCACCGUGUUUGCCCGCAUGGCCCCCGACCAGAAGACCCAACUGGUGGAAGUUCUACAAAGUCUGGACUAUACCGUGGGGAUGUGUGGUGAUGGUGCCAAUGACUGUGGUGCCCUGAAGAGAGCUCACAGUGGAAUCUCCCUGUCAGAGCUGGAGGCGUCGGUGGCCUCCCCCUUCACCUCCUCCACCUCCAACAUCUCCUGCGUGCCCAACCUCAUCAGGGAGGGCCGAGCAGCUCUCAUCACCUCGUUCUGUGUGUUUAAGUUCAUGGCUCUGUACAGUAUGAUCCAGUACAUUAGCGUCACCCUCCUCUACUCGGUCCUCAGCAACUUGGGAGACUUCCAGUUCCUCUUCAUCGAUGUCGCCAUCAUUCUGAUCAUUGCCUUUACAAUGAGUCUGAACCCGGCGUGGAAGGAGCUGGUGUCUCGUCGCCCUCCGUCCAGCCUGAUCUCUGGGCCGCUGCUGUUCUCGGUGCUGACCCAGAUCCUCACCUGCCUGGCCUUCCAGGUGCUGGCCUUCCUCUGGGUCCGGGGCCAGAGCUGGUACGAGGUGUGGACCCCCCUCUCAGAUGCUUGCAACGCAUCCAGUAAUAAUCUCUCCCAUGGCCCCAACAUCACGUUGCCCCACGACCACAAGAACAUCAGGAACUACGAGAACACCACACUCUUCUACGUCUCCUCCUUCCAGUACUUGACUGUGGCCAUCAUCUUCUCCAAGGGCAAGCCUUUCAGACAGCCCAGCUACAAAAACUGGCCGUUCAUGCUGUCCUGUCUGGGUCUGUACAUCUUUCUCUGCCUCAUCAUGCUGUAUCCCGUUCCGGCCAUCGACAACUUCCUGGAGAUUGUGUGUGUUCCUCAUGCGUGGCGCAUGACAGUGGUGGUCAUUGUCAUUUUGAAUACAGCUGUGUCUUUCCUGUUGGAGACCUUGGUCCUUGACAUCAUCUUAUGGAGGCUGGUGUUCAGCCGUGACAAGCUGGGGGGCAGCCAUGACAUGGCCUCUGCCACUCACUCACCUCAGUCGGGCAAUGACCGGUGGGGCUCGGCGAUCCUCUCCUGGCUGUUUUGUCGGAAGAAGACCCCGAGAGCUCGCUACAUGCACCUGGCCCAAGAACUGCAGGACCAUCCUGACUGGCCCCCCAAGCCCUCCACACUCACCUAUGCCCCCAGCGCCCCCCACAUCUCCGUCAGCCUGUGAGGCACAGCCAGUCCUUGUGCCGUGAAAUGGGUUGUACAAGUGUGAGCUGAACAUCCAAUAACCUAACUAGAAUCUUCCACACCGUGAACUAAUGCAGCGUCUCAGAAACCAGCACCUGAUCAAGAACCACAAGCGAGUGACUUAGUCCAGAAGAGUCCUUUCCUCCAGUAACACCCUACCACAGAGUGACUGUCCAGCGAGCCCCACAAGUCCAGCGUUCUCCACCACUCUGACUUCUCACUCCUCACUGAAACAUCACGGCGCCUCACCCCACCACAACUGUGACUACUGAAGCAUUCCUCGAGUGGAGCAGUUCAUCCCGUUGCUCGCCUACUGCCUUCUGAGCCAACCGGGACCAAGAGAGGCACACGAGCACCAGAGGAAGCUGGCUGUCGUUCCUGCUGGAUCCCGUCAAUGUUAUUUACGUCUUAAGGACCCCGGGGUAUUCUACUAACUCUUCCUGACUUGUUUUGAUUGCUGCUAAUGAAAUAUCAAUAAAGAAAGGGAAGGUUUGUUGUGACGAUAAUGACCAGGGAAGCAGUGGGAUGGAUAUCUGUCGACACACACCAGAAUGAUGCCUUUUGUAAGACUUUGUUUUUAAUUGUCAGCGGUACUAUUGCAUUUGAUAUGGCCUUCCAAUGCAUUCAUAAUAUGUUGCUGUAUCUCUCAGUCAGAAUUCUUUACACUUUCUGAUUAUUGUAAUUCUUCCUGUGGAAGAUAGAGGUACGAGAGAAACCCUUGAAAAACGUGAACACUGGUGCCUUGUGCUUGUGUGUGCGCACGUAUGUUUCUGUGUGUGAGUGUGUGUGUGUGAGAGGGAGGGAGAAAGAAAGAAUCCAGUAGUUUUCCAUGUCCUUCAUUUGAAUGCAUUAUCUUCUGUUUAAAUGCUCUGAGUAUCCAACAAAUUGACCAACACAUUAAUUAUUACUGAUUCCUUAAUGUUAAUCAUAUCAUUCAACAUUGUAAUGCAUUGCAUGUGAUAGAACUGCUGCUUUUAUCAAAGGGAAUCAUUUGUAAAUGUAGAAAAUGUAUGAUUGUGUUUUGUAUUCUUUUAAAGUAACUGACCAUUAACAUCCACACUUUAUAUAACAUUUGUACACAUUACUUUGUUUAAAUGUAUUUAUCAAUUGCUUUGUCUGGCAGGAGUUUUGGUCAAAUUAUAUGAACCUUUUUGAUAACAUGUUAUUUUAACAAAGUGUAAUACCCCCUGAACCACCAACUAAAUUAAACCUUAUAUUUUUAACUUUA